AUGGAAAUGUACGGACCGCCAGAAAAGCCGGUGCUGGUGUCCCAGGCAUUCGACACCCAUGCCCCGAUCGAAACGAACUCGGGAGCAGAAGCCUCGCCUGAAGCAAAUACGCCUCCUUUCUUAGCACCAGUAAGUAGUGGCCUCACCUCUGAAGAUGCUACCUCAACAUCACACGAUUCAGCAUCGCAGACAACUUCAACCAGGGGUGCUCUUAUUAAAAAAUCUACCGAUAACCAAUUUAAUCCUACCCACCUGAAGGCUUAUGUGUUUACCUCAAACUCGGCCGCCGCCCCUCCUGGAGUUGUCACAAGCGCUGCCAUGACUGCUCUUUGGAUUUACGGGCAUAUUUAUGAUUUCGAGAGCGAGUUUGACACCGACUACACCUCUUCUCCUAAUUCUUCGUCAACUUCAUCCCUGAGCCUAUCCUCUAUCGGUUCAUUCCAUAGUUCUUCCUCUGGCACAUCAUCUGCAUCCGAUAGUGGUAGUAGCUCAUCAUCUUGGCUAGACACCGAUAGCAGCUUGUCUUCUGAAUCAGAGACCGAUGACAGCUCAUCAUCUGGGUCAGACGUUGACAGCAGUUCUGAUUCCGAUAGUGAUUCUAGCACGUAG